CACUGUCAUACCCUCCACACUCCUCUCCUGUACAUACCGAUCACUGUCACACCCUCCACACUCCUCUCCUGUACAUACCGAUCACUUUCAUACCCCCCACACUCCUCUCCUGUACAUACUGCCCACUGUCACUCCUCUCCUGUACAUACUGAUCACUGUCAUACCUUCCACACUCCUCUCCUGUACAUACCGAUCACUGUUAUACCCUCCACACUCCUCUCCUGUACAUACUGCCCACUGUCAUACCCUCCACACUUCUCUCCUGUACAUACUGCCUACUGUCAUACCCUCCACACUCCUCUCCUGUACAUACUGAUCAUUGUCAUACCCUCCACACUCCUCUCCUGUACAUACUGAUCAUUGUCAUACCCUCCACACUCCUCUCUGUACAUACUGCCUACUGUCACACCCUCCACA